AUGGAAUAUCCUUGUGAUGAUUGUUCAUUCAUAUGUGAAAGUUGUGGAAGUAAUAGAGUUGUUGCAGACUCAAAUACUGGAGAAUACUAUUGUGAAGAUUGUGGAAUUCAACAACAAGAAAUCCGUGGUCUUGAUAGGGACUUAGAUGAUAUUUACUUUGAGCUAACUGGAGGUGGAGAUGGCUCAAGGAAUAUUGUGAGACGUGCAAGUCAAACAACUGCAAGAGCAACGCAAUCUGAGUUAUCUCAGUCCCAAGAUGCUGAGCAAGUUGCUGCUUCUCAAAAUAGCCAAAACUAUUCUUUGCUUUCUCAAAGUGAUAAUUCCAGGAUUCAUCAAACUCUCAUAGACAUAUGGUUCAAUAAUAAGCCUAGUAUUAUUAAGAAUGAAGAUUUCUUUAUUGGAGUCCAACUUAUGAUCCAGUAUAUUCUAAAGGAUUUGGUUAUUAAAAGAGGUGUGAAGAAGGAGAUUCUUAAAGUUACCCAUAAAAUAUGGUUUGAAUACUUAAGUCAUAUGUGUAGAGCAAAGAUUCCUAUUCGUACUUUCUUUGCAGAUUUGAGAAGAUCAGUACUAAAGGUUCCAUUUAAUGAGACAUUUUCAAUAAAAGAUGGAACCCUAAAGAGUAAUGGAGAAUAUGAAAAAAGAUGUGAAGACAACUCUAUUAACUUACAAUAUAGAGAAUAUAUUGAGAACAAUGACUUUCUUAAGUUAGUAGAGCAGAGGAUGGGUUUUGAUCGUCUUGGAUAUAUUAUAAAGCUAUGCAAUAAUAUACUUAAAAACUUUUCUAAUACAUUAAUUACAAGCUCAUCUAAUUCAACAAGUAGAAAGGGUUCUAAAGAUAGGCGAAUAACCCCAAACAGAAAUUAUGAAGAAUGGGAAAUAUCAGCAAGAAAACUUCAAAUUCUUGCUAACUACAGAAAUAUACCUUAUACUAGCUGGAAAAGCAAACAUACAAACUCUAGGACUGAUAUUAUUGAAAGUGUGAUUGACAUGAUAUAUGAACAUGACUUUUUAGAAUUAUAUUAUUGGGAAGUUAUACGUAAAGAUGAUGGUGGAAUAUUUGGUAGUAUUACCCACUUGGAUGACUUCAAUCAAUGGAUUUUAGGGGAAUAUUGUGUACAAAGUGACAAUUUAAAUACAGAAUCGAAUUUAUCCGACAUUAAUAUACAGGUUGAAACUUUAAAUCCUUCUAUAGAUAGUGUAAAUACACCGAUAUUACAAUAUGAUACCAUAUCUCAAAGGAGUAAUUACGGAGUUAUAGUGAAUAACUCAAAUAGAAACCAGGACUGCUUGAACCCUCAUCAAUUAAAUACUAACAACAAUGAAACCCAUAAUAGAAAUAUUGGUGAAGAUAAUGUGACCUUUGUGAAUGAUAGUUGCUACAAUGUUUCCUCAGAUAAUAUUGAUAUAGACUAUCAGUUUAAGAGAAUUCAUAAGAUACAUCGAUUGAUUCAAGAUAUAUCUGAUAUACAAUUGGUGCAAAUAGUAUCAAGUACUGGACUGACUCAAUAUAGUCAAAAUUGUGAUCUUGAAAUGGAGGAAGAAGAAAGUGGUAAUUAUGGCGACAAUAGCAGAGAUAAUCAAAAUGAACGAUCUGAAGAUACAAUGUUGGAAUAUCCCAAACUGGACUUUAGUUUGAUUAUAACUAUUAUAUGGAUAGGCCUUUUAAAAUGUGGAUACCCUGUAACAUCAAGUGAUAUUGUAGAAUGGGUUAGAACUGGUAAAAUUGAUAUUUUAAAGUCUGAUAGCUUGCUACCCUCAUGGCUAAAAGAUGCAGGAUUUAAGUGGGAUAGUGAUAUGAAUGCUUCAACAAAUAUGAGAUCGGUGACUCAAAUUUCACGUAUUCCAAGUUCAUCUGAAUUAGAUAAACUACUAAAAUUUUUCCGAGAUAUUAUCAAUAUAAAAAUUCCUAGUAUUAAUAUUCCAUUACUAAUACAUAGGAUAUUAUCACAGUGUAGAUGCUUUAGUUAUAGUGGUAAUUCUGCAAUCCAACCAUUAGUUAUCUCCUUUUGGGAAAACCUUUAUUCUCAAGAAAAGAUGCAAUAUCUAUUAAAGGGAACUCAGGCUGAAAUUAUAGCUGCUUCUGUUAUUAUUAUAAUUGCAAGAAUUGUAUGGCCAAUCUUUGUAUAUCACCCUGUACCUGUUUGUCAAGAGUACAAUCAAGAAGAUAUAUCGAAAUAUCCUGAAGCUUUAGAAUCAAAAGUAGAACCUUUUUCAGCAAGUAUUUAUUAUGAAGUAGCUAACUCUCGAUGGCUUGCAAAAAUAAUAAAUGAGAAAACUAAAAGUAUAGAUGAGAAAUACUUUUAUUCUAAACGUCAUGGAAUUGAAUGGAGUGGAGUAUCUGCAAUAGCUUGGCUAGUUGAGUCCUUAAGUCAUUCUGAAUUUAUCAAUAAAGAGGGCAUAAAGGAAUUAGUUAAUACUUUGCUACUAAAGGGCUCAAAGACGACGAAGAACAAAGAAAAUAUUGGGAGACCAACCAAAAGUACAAGAGGAGAUUUUUAUAUACAAACAAGGAAGAACAGGAAAAAUGCCAAAAAGGAAUAUGGAGCAAACAAUUGGUCAGGAACUUGUCCUAUAUUUCCAAGCUUUGAAUUCUUAAUAGGUGAUGUAUUCGCGAAAUUGCUCUCACUUUCAAAGUACUUACCAUCUAAUAGAGAGGUGUUCUCUUCAUUGUUGUUUGAACAAAAAGAGAACGAACUUUCAAUUUUAUCUGAUAAUAAUUUAUUAAACUCAUGGCAGUACUGUGAUAGAGAAAAAAGAAGUCAACUUCUUAACAGCUGGAAGUUUGUAUUAUCUUCAAAUCACUCUUGUACUGAAACAUCUCGAAUUCUUCAACAUUUGGUUGAGAGCAUUAGUCUUGAACAACACAAAGAUCUUCAAGAUACAUUCUCUAAAAAUCAUAAUCCUAUGAUUAAUGACCCAUCUAUUAUGAGAAUCUCAAACGAAAGACUUGACCUGUUCCUUGAUCAUUUAUACCGUCAUAAGCUUAAUAUUAUCCAAACUUUAUUUCAAAAUCCGGGUAUAUUUACUUCAAUUAUAAUACCUCUUCCACAAUAUUUUCACUCGAAACAAAAACAUACAAAGGUAGAAAGUUCUCUUCCUUUAGCAUAUAUUUUACUAUUAGAACAUUUGUCAAAAAUUAUAGGUAAACCUUGCUCUAGUAUUCACUCUUGUGUAGUUGAAAUAGAAGAAUACCUGGCAUCUGGACUUGAAUAUAAAGACUAG